AUGGCUGUUUCUCCACGCUUCACGGCGGGCAUGGCUCUGGCAAUCGUGGGUUAUUCCUCGGAAGCUUUCGAGAAUGGCAAGCUUAAUGCCCGUGAUAUAGUUAAUGUGUAUACCGCUAAUUUCGCCCUUGUCGGCUCUCGUCUCGAUACAUUGUCAGACUAUUAUUUUAAUAAUUAUUUGACUUACAUAUUUUCUUCCGCCGACGCAGAGAUAUACGGUGGAUACGGCGGCAAAUUCCUUCAGAAGGAGCUUUCCACGGCGCCUGACCUCGAAUAUUUCAAGCAGUACCUUGGAAAAGCAGCAAUUGUACCGGCUGUGGUUCAUGAGCACGUGGCUGGCAUAGCCUUCAAGGCAUGGGCAGUCUACGUCCUCCUAGCAUUCACUCUUAUCGUCUCAAUCAGGUUUGUCUCGUGGACGUAUUACCUGUACGUGUCACAGUUCGGUGAGGAAUACGAUCACACGGUCACCGUGAUGGCAGCGGUGGUCGAGGGGGAUGGGAGAUUGAAGGAGCGCUUCGAUCGGGCUGAGCUAGCUCCGGAGGGUAAUAUUCAGAACUUGAGAUCUGCGAGGAUUUGGUAUGGUCCAGGCCGAAGCCAAGACAGCGGAGACACGAGAGUGCGGAGGGGAUUUACGCUUGUAGGGGGGUAG